AUGCUGCGUUCUCCAAAGUCCUCUUCAACUCCUCCCCAUUGUGGCCGAUCUGGAGGAUCUCCACGUGGGAGGCAAGCCUCUCCCUGUUGCUCUGGACCGAGACGCCCCCCACGAGAAGCACCAGCAGGUCUUCGGAGAAGGCGGAGAUACCGGCCCGGCUUCCGAGCUUUGCAGGAGAUCAGAAAGUAUCAAAAAAGUACUAAUCUACUUAUUCCCAAGCUACCUUUUUCUCGUGUGGUGCGGGAGAUCUGUCUGGAAUAUACCCAAGGGGUUGACAGGAUGUGGCAGGCCAUGGCACUUCUUGCCUUGCAGGAGGCAGCUGAAGCCUUUUUGGUAUAUCUCAUGGAAGAUGCCUACCUGUGCACCAUCCAGGCUAAGCGGGUCACUCUCCAUCCCAGGGACAUCCAGUUAGCUUGA